GGUUGCUUGCUGGUGCCUGCGAUGAAUGAACGGGGCUAACCUCGCGGGUAUAAAAAGACGACGUCGCCGGUUCUUGCCCGUCUCGUCGCGAGCCGAAGAGAAGACGGCGGCCGGCUUUGCGCCUUCCCCAGGGCGACUCGGUUUCCCAGCCAGGAGCGCCAGGCAGAGUUUGCAGCUUACGGCCUUUGGAGUUGUCCAUCCCCUCCUAAACCUGUAGAAGAAAAGGACUGAGAAUGUGGCUUCUAGAGAAGAUCCGGGGCUCGGUGGAGAACGGCAGCUCUCGGGGCACCGAGGCUGGAGAUAAGCAGUCCAAAGGUCCGUUGUACAGCAACGUCCUGACGCCUGAUAAGAUUCCAGAUUUUUUUAUCCCUCCCAAACUCCCCGCGGUGCCUCCUGAGGCAGAGGGAGUGGAAGGGAACGCCAAGCCCAACCUGGGCACUUCCGCCUCUGAGCAGAAUUUGUCUGCCCGCAAAGCCCAGCGCAGCCCCCGUUUGCCCGUGAAGGCGGUCUCUGAGAGCAAGAACCUUCUGAAGGCCGCCAGCCGGCACAUCAUCCAGAUCGAGAGUGCGGAUGAAUGGAUGUCCGAAGAGGACUUCAGCACCAAUGCGGACCCGCAGUCGCAGACGGCCAUGUCGCUGCCGUACGUGCCCAAAGCCCAGACCUCGUACGGCUUUGCGACAUUGAUGGAAAGCCCCCAUACGCGCCGUAAGGAGUCUCUCUUUCAUAGCGAGCACACCAGCCUGUGCCCGUCCCAGUCCUCCUCGCCCAGUUCUCCACGGAAGUCCACCUCCGGAGGGAGCAAGACGAAUGGAGAGAGCACCCACCUCAACCCCUCAGACAUCAGCAUGUCGCUCAUGAACCCCUACCGCUACUUCAGCGGUGGGGAGAGUGACACCUGUUCCUCAGCGGAGUCUUCUCCUUUUGGUUCCCCGUUGCUGUCAAGGUCAGUGUCCCUUCUCAAGAUCUUCAGCCAGGAGAGCCAAUCCAAGGUCAUCAAACUGAAACACUCCGUGGCUCGCAACAGUUCCCUGUCCACUGACGAUAGUUCGGCGGACACCAGUCCCAGCUCGCAGCGUCGCAUGCGCUGUGCAACCCCCCCAGCUGGGGGGGCCACCGGCGGAGCGCAGCAACAGCCCCUCGGCCCUGUGGACUCCCAAGACCGAUUUCACAAGGAACACGUGUUCAGUUUUAGCAAAGGAGGCAGCAUCCGCCUGGUGGCCCAGUACAACCCUUCCAAUGCCCGGCUGCGGGUGCGCAUCGUGGCCGCGGAAGAUCUCUACGACAAGCACUGUGAUGUCAGGAGCAUCAACUGUUGCGUGGCUCUCUAUUUAAACCCUGGCAAGCUGCAAAAACAACGGAGCACCAUCAUCAAGAAUAGCCGCAACCCCAUCUUUAACGAAGAUUUCUUCUUUGACGGGUUGGGCAUUAGCAACAUGAAGAAAAUGUCGCUCAAAGUCAAAGUGGUGAACAAAGGCAGCAGUCUCAAACGGGACACUCUGAUGGGCGAAAAGGAACUUCCCCUCGCUUCCUUGCUCCCCUUUUCAUAAACCAGCUUCCCACCUCCUAUAUCUGUGCCUGCCGCUUCCCCCAGUUGGCUUCUUUUCCUGCUCUGCAAACGGGGAGGGGUCGGAGGUCUGCUGAAGCAGAUUCCUCCAAGUCAAUCGGUGUUUCCCUAAAAUGGGUGUUGCAUGUUUGAGGUCCAAGGGUUGGGCGUCCCAGCAUUCUAGCAUGAAACCUCAGUAGCUAGCAGCCUGAUCCUAUUUUCUUGGAAGGUUGGGAUGGUGUUUGUCUCUUGGGUCAGUCAAGAUAUGUCGCCUGGUCACUGCGAGCCAGUCUUCUUUCACUGUUACCGUGUUGGAGGAACAGUGGAAGGUGACCUGGGAAUUUGAAGGGAACCAAGAAGGUUCCUUCCAAUAGGUUUUCCUUGGAGUAGGAGGUAGUUGCAUGAAUAAAUCAGGUUUCCACCCUGUUUUUGAGCCUCUUCCUCACAAAAUGCAUGCCAAGAAUCAGAUAAUCUAUCCCUUUAAGGUGCAUGCUGGUUGCAUUUGAGUAUGUCGUGUCAUUGAGCAAGAGCCAUCCACUGGAAGAUGGUGUAAACAGCCCACUUGGCUUCUGCAAAAGGGAAGAAAGGACGGGAUCACCUGCUUCACCCAGCCAGGAAUGUUCUUCAUGCCCCAAUUGGGGCAAAUUCCAGUUUUCAAUUUGGGAGCUAGUAUUGGCGUGUGCUUUCCGAAGGAAGUGGUACAAGCCCUGGGCAAGAGAAUGAGUUGGACACAGAAGAACUUCUGAAGCCCGGCUGAUCCAGCAAUUGUCCCAAAGAGGCUGUUCUGCAGGAUUUGGAGGAUUGGACAGGGAUCCUGCCUCUCUGCUUUGCUUGUCUUUAGGGGAAAUUGCAGAAAUCAAAGUGAUGCCCAAUACAAACCUUCAAGCCGGGGGAAAAAUGGACCUACAGAAGUUGCACUGUCUGGACAGUAGAUCCCAUGAAGGAAGACGUGCAGAGAGAUAGAAAGAGAAAGAGGAAAAGAGAUAAUGUGCACUGCAAUAUUGAGGGGCCAUGGUUAUUUUUAAUAUUUUGAUAUCCUGGCCUGAGAGACAAUCCUCAAUAAUAAUAAAUCAUAAUAAUUUAAAAAGUGGGUUGGGAGAUACUCACGGAAUUGCCUUAUCCUGCACUGUUCUGCUUUUUCUGAGUCUUCACAGGCUCAGAUCUUUCCCAGCCUUAAAAGCUGAGAUCUUUUAACCUGAAGUUGACAUGGUUCAAACCCAUCUGAAGAUAAAGCUCAUCUUCCACUGAACAGUGAUGUCCUCCUUAGGAAAACAGAGGGUCCUUAUUAGGACAUCCCACCUUCCACCCAAACAAGAGGUGGCACGAAUCAGUGUUAGCCUCUACAGCAGUGUUUUUCAAACUUGGCAACUUUAAGAUUGUGGACUUCAACUCUCAGAUUUCCCCAGCCAGCAUGGGAAGUUGAUGUCCACAAUCUUAAAGUUCCCAAGGCUGGAAAAUGCUGCUCCAUAGGAUGUUCUUCAGGGACAUUCAGGCUGAAAAAGAGGUCUUUCCCUGCUGAACCUGGAAAUGCUGAAGAUUGAACUCAAGGCUUCCUGCAAGCCAAGGACACAUUCUUUCCCCAAACUGUGGUUCCUUCCACUUGGGUGAAAAGGGAUAUAUUCAUUAGCUCCUUCUUCUUUGCCCCAAUUUUCCCAAAGCUUAAAAAACAAAAUCUCUUGUGCUAAGAAUCCAUUGUUACCACCACCCACCCACCCAUCUAUACGUAGCUGAUGUUCUUGCAGAACUUUAGGACCACGAUCAAGGAACCAUUGAGCAGGAAGAGCUGGGCUACCCCUAUUUUGCAGUCCCUAAAUUAAUACCCAGGUAGGAUCUGAAGAGAAGAUCCAUUGAGACCAUAGUCUGAAAUACAGGUAGUCCUCAGUUAAUGACCA